AUGGCUGUGGGGAGACACCUUGAGGAAGAUUUCGAAGCUCCAUCCGACAAGGAGAACAAGAGCGUGACCGAAAGGAAAGAAACGGUCGAGAACCCUGGCUUUGUGAGGGAAAUAAAACCCAAAAGUUUGGCAAAUGUGAAUGAAGAGCGGCAAAAUGCCAAGGAUGAAUGCAUACGAGCACAAACACCUACACAUGGCGGGACAUACAAGGCUGAUGUAAGGAACCUUGAAGAUGAAUCCGAUGUUACAUCCAAAGCGGUAACCGAACAUGUAACCAAAGAAAAAGAAACGAUUAAGGAUUCCGAUCUCGUGCUCAAUGAAGUACUCAAAAGUGUGAUCAAUGUCGAUGAAGAGCUACAUGGCAUCAGAAUAGAUGCUUUAGAAGUGGUUACACGAAAUGAGGAUUUAAAAAUCCUGAUCAACCCAUCGACAAAGAUAAAUGACACCUCCAACAACCGUACUUGGAUCAUAAGUCAAGAACUUGGAGCAAAAACCGAUUUCGUGCAUGGACGACGAGAAGAGUCCGACGAAUCCCACAUGUGUGCCUCCACGGUUCAUCAGCGCUCAAGGAGCCAAAUGCGUCUACCAUUGCACCAUGAACGCCUCAAGGCGUAACACCAUCUUAAACCCAAGGACAAUCAAGAAGGAUGAACCUUUUGAACGAGGAGAAGCGCGAGAACAAAAUCUUCAUACACUUGGCGAAUAUCUCGACAAAACCCGCAAUCAAGGUAUGAAAAAUUUGACUUACGUAUUUAACGAUGCUGACUUGGACCCGUUUGAUGUAGGUAAGCAUGUUUUGAGGACAAAACCUUCUCAAGGGGGAGGGAAUGAUGAGGACAUCGGAGCUAGCAACUUGGACGAGGACGGGAG